CUUCAAAUUGAUGGUUGCAGACCUCAUGUGACAGCAGUAGGUGGUCACCGAAUAUCUGCACUUGGUCAUGCAAUCAUUCUUGCAAGGAUUGGCCAAUGGUGGUAUCUCCAAGCUCAAACAAUGCAAGCAGGAUGAUCAAAGUCAUGAGAAGCAGGGCGGCACCUUGCCUUCAGACCAAUCCACUUACUAUGUAUUGCGUCCUUGUCUCUAUAACACAGGGUUGAACUUGAAAUGGUGUAGGAAAUCAGGUAAGGGGUUGGUCUCAUAGUGGUUCAAGUUGUGAAUGGUCAACUGUUAACAUGAUUCGUUGAUCUCCCUGUUUGAUUCUUUUUAGCCUCCAAAAUUGAAUUAUGGUUUGUAAAAUAACUGUUUUGUAUCAAU